AUGGGCUCAGUUUCUCUAGUGAUGUACAAAAUGUGCAGAAGUAUAUUUUUCUUGCUUGCAGCCAGAAGCUAUUUUGAACCAAAGUAUAGAUUUGAAAGAUGCGAAAAAGUGAGAGGAAUAUGUAAAACGUUUUGUGAUGAUGUUGAAUAUGAUUACGGAUACUGCAUUAAAUGGAGAAGUCAGUGCUGUGUAUAA